AUGUCGCCCAAGACACAGGAGCCAGAGAUCGUCUCCAUCACCGAUCUAGAUCCGGCCCAGGCGAGAUGGGUCACGCUCAAGAAGGUCGAUUUCAUAGACCAAACAGGCACUCCCCGUACCUGGGAGAUCGCUAUCCGUAAGACAACCUCAAAGUCCGGCGUUGACGCCGUGGCCAUGGGCAACAUCUUCGUGCACCCUUCCAAACCACCCAGCACCAUGUUGGUCCUCCAGUAUCGUCCCCCGGUCGGGAAAUACACCGUCGAGUGGCCGGCCGGGUUGGUCGACGAGGACGAGACGCCCGAGGAAGCGGCAGUUCGAGAGAUGAAGGAAGAGACCGGCUAUGACGGCAAGGUCUAUGACGUGUCGCCGAUUUUGUCGAGUGAUCCUGGAAUGACCAAUGCCACGAUCAAGUUGGUCAUGGUCGAAGUCAAGCUGAAUGCCGAGCAAGACUUUAUGCCCGAGCAAAGACUGGAUGACGGCGAGUUGAUUGAAAGAGUCAUGGUGCCGCUGAGCGAACUCUACGAGAAGUUGUUGGAGUGGGCCAACAAGGACAACUUCGUGGUCGCGGCAAAGUUGUUCUAUUUCGCGGCAGGCAUGCAUUUUGCAAAACAUGGAGGUUACGUUUGA